AUGGAAAAUAAAAUGAUAAAAAUAUUGUUCAUUUUAUUGUUUCUAUUAUACUUGACUUACGGGCAAAUAAUCAGAGAUACACGAUGCUUUUUGGAAAAUGGAGCAUCAGCUUCCCAUCUUUUUGUUAGCGAAGACAAAAGCGUUGGCGAAACCAUAGGAGUACUCGGCGUACUUGGGGAUCCAAGUAUUAGCGGCGAUAUUGAACUUAGACUCCAAGAACAUGAUAGUCCGGUAACAAUAUUACCCAAUUCUAGAAAUUUAACUCUCGUUAAAGCUCUUGAUAAAGAAGGAAUUGAUGGUCCUGCUAGUGUUUACAUUACUGUUAUUUGCGAAAGACGGCAUACUUUAGAUCCAGCCUUUCCAAUUCCGGUAAAUAUAAGAGUUACUGAUGCUAAUGAUAAUGCACCCCAGUUUAUCAACGCUCCAUAUAUUUUAAAUAUUUCUGAAGUCACUGUUGUGGGUACUAGAGUGUUACAAGGAGUACGAGCUAUGGAUUUAGAUCAGCCCGGACCUUAUUCGACUGUUCAAUACGCUGUUCUUCCAGGCCCAUAUUCUGAUUACUUUUUUUUUAUAAAUGCUCUUGAAGGAACACUUGUGCUUAAAAAACCACUGGAUUAUGAAACUUUGCAGAAUUUUUCUGUUACUAUUCGUGCCCAGGAUCAAGGAAACCCGCCUCAGUCCUCUGUUACAACGUUGACAGUAAAUGUUAUCGAUGCAGAUGACCAAAAUCCUGUCUUUAGUCACGAUCAGUAUAGAAUUGUUAUAUCUGAUGAAACCAACGAUGAGAAAAUAAUUCUGCCUGUAGAACCUGUGCCAAUUAAGGCUAUAGAUCAAGAUAUUGGCAUCAAUGCACCCAUCAAAUAUACAGUUCAGAAUGGUAUGCUGCCGUUUUUACAUUUAGAUUCUCAAACUGCUGAAAUUACUUUAAUACGAAGAUUAAAAGAUCGGGAAUUACUUACACCAACCACCAUAGUCAUUAAGGCAAUACAAAUAGAUAAUCCUGACAGAUUCAGCUUAGCAACCGUUAUAAUAUCGAGAGAAAAUAGCCUAAAUGCAAUCCCUACUGCAGGUGAAGAGAUGCCAAUAAAAUUUCUUCUCAAAGACUUUACAAUAAACGUUCCAGAAAAUACACCAUCUGGUAGUGUUAUUCUCUCUACUGGUCUCAACAAAAUAAACACUAAUUUAAGAUUUUGGCUGGAAAGUUCAGACGAUACCAAAGAUAAAUUUAUUGUUUCUUCUGCUGGAGAAAUAAUUCUUAACAAGACAUUGGAUUAUGAAAAAAAAACUCACCAUAAUUUUGUGAUCCAUGUAACAGAUGGUAUUAAUAAUGAUUCAGCACGGGUACAUGUAUCAGUGGAAGAUAUUAAUGAGUGGGAACCAAGAUUUCGUCACCCAAGAUAUGAAUUCCACACUCGUACUCUCCGGGAAGGAUCUAUUGUCGGAAGAGUUGAAGCGGCGGACGGUGAUAGGGGUGAUAAAGUUACACUGUCGUUAAGAGGACCCGAUGCUCGAUCUUUUCAUAUCAAAGAAAAUGGUGAGCUUAUUUUAAUAUCUUCUGGGCCAUUCAACGGUACAUUAGCUCGUUUGGUAGCUGUUGCAACCGAUUCCGGAAAACCGCCACGGACUAGUAUGAUUCCGUUAAUUGUACACUUACCUAACACGCGAUCCAGCCUAAUUGCCGCCCGUGCUUCUCCACCUUGGAUUAGUAGCAGUAUUUUUCUUAUAGCUGCUUUUGGAGUAGUACUGGGUUUACUUGGCAUAGUUAUAUUAAUUCUUAUUUUAUAUAUUUAUAAACAUAAACAUCCAAAAAAUGAAGGGUUAGUGAGUUCAAUUGGAACAGGAUACAGAGAUAAAUCAUCAGUACCUUCCGCUCUAAAUCCCAGUCCUCAAAUUUUAGGGGCGAAUGUUAUUAACGAUACGUCAGAAGAUGCAAAAAAAAAGCACCGUUCAAGAAAUAAAAAUGUUAGCAAUCCAGUUUUUGGAAAAGAUGAUGAAAGCUUAUACAAUGCUGGAGGUGCAUUAUCGACGCGGCAUAUACCGGGAUAUAAUAGACACAAAGUUGCUCCGUUACCAGUCCCACCUUCAUUAUCAGCAACGUCAAAUAUUCCCAACAUUGGUGGUUUAGUACAAAAUAUGAAUGAUUUAAGUGCAAAAGUCAACAUUGACACUCUGUCGCAAGAUUCUUCAAAUUAUUCAGCUGAUCCGCCUGACUCAUUAAUUCCUGUUUGGCCAGCAGAAGAUUCUUCGAGACAUGUAAAAAAAUUGUCUUGGAAUGAUGACAGGAUUGCAGAUAAAGUUGCUGACGAAAAAGCAGAGCAACGAAGUGAAAAUAACUAUCAAGGACCUGAUAAAUUAAAUCUUACAGUUUAUUUUUAA